AGUGAAUUGAGCAUAACAACCUAACCUUAAAUGUUCUAAAGGGAAACAUUUUUACUGGAAUUUGUCUGCUGUUCUUCAUCCCUUGAGAAUUUGGUUUCAUUCUGAUGGUCAAAGGUAGACUGUUUUUGUGUUCUCCCUGUGACGAGUUUCCACCACAUCUCAAAGAAUGUGCUGGCUGAUAAAUUGCUGCUAGUACAGGGAAGUAGAGGUGCUGCUGUGCUUUCUUCAUAAUUGUACUUUCCUGCUGGGCCCAGGACGGGAUCUCUGAAAUGAUAACACUGAGGAAUUUAAGGUUGCCGACCCUCUCCACCUCUGACGAAGCUCAUGGGCCUCCAGCUUCUUCCUCCUGACGUCACAUGGGCACCGGCUUUUGUCAUCCACAGAAAUGCACAUUAGAUCUCUUUGAUGGGGAUGUGUGGCAGUCAUCUCUGGCAGUGGUAGUGGAUCUCCCCAGAUUUAUCGCCGCUUCAUUUGAAAAUGGCCCGAAGUUCAGCUUCAGGGGAAAUUGACCAAGUUUCCACUGAGUGAUCACCUGCAGAAACCCAGGAGAGAGUCGCUUCAAUUGCUUCAACCUGUCAGCUUUGCAGAAGAUAAAGAGUAAUUGUUUCUGCAAUGGUUACAUGAGUUGCCUUGACAUACUGGCAGACGUUGUUUGUAUUCAGUUCACUGACAACUCAUCAAAGGGGAGAGAGGCAGGAAAAGGUGCCCGGAUCAAAUCAUGAAUUUUUUUAUGAAGUUUCCUCGGCAUUUGCGGAGGAUGGUAUUCUUAUUGGCGGCCUUCUGCAUGGUGAGUGUUAUUAUAUCAGCUUAUUAUCUUUAUACUGGUUACAAGCAGGAGCUGGAGCUUUCUAAACCAACCCCAGAACAAGACUGCAGAGAUCCAAAACUUUUACUGUACAGAUCGUUUGAAAUGAAGACUGCAAAGCCGAUUGACACAUCCAGAACGGACCCCAUGGUUCUGGUGUUUGUUGAGACACAAUAUUCACAGCUUGGACAGGAGAUUGUGGCAAUUUUGGAGUCAAGCCAUUUUAAGCACCACACAGAAAUUGCCCCUGGCAAAGGGGACCUGCCAGCCCUAACAAAUAAGGACAGGGGACGAUAUGCACUUGUUAUAUAUGAAAAUAUUUUAAAAUAUGUGAAUAUGGACUCAUGGAAUAGAGAGCUGCUUGAUAAAUACUGCAUGGAGUAUAACGUUGGCAUUAUAGGUUUUCACAAAGCCAAUGAAAAUAGUUUUCUGAGCUCACAGUUGAAAGGUUUCCCACUGAACCUGCACACCAACCUUGCUUUGAAAGAUUGCUGUAUCAACCCACGAUCUCCAUUGCUGCGCAUCACCAAAGCUAAAGAAAUUGAGAGGGGCCCACUCCCAGGAGAGGACUGGACUGUGUUCCAAUUCAAUCACUCCACUUACCAGCCUGUGUUACUUGCUAAACCAAGAUUGACUGAAAACACUCCUCACCAGAUCACUGACGAGGUUCUUCAAGCCACGGUUGUUCAGGACUUGGGGCUGUUAGAUGGUAUUCAGCGAAUCUUGUUUGGGAACAACCUCAACUUUUGGCUGCACAAACUCAUUUUCGUGGAUGCAAUCGCUUUCCUUACAGGGAAGAAAUUGUCGCUCUCCCUGGAAAGGUACAUUCUUGUGGAUAUUGAUGACAUAUUUGUGGGAAAAGAAGGAACAAGGAUGAAUGUCAAUGAUGUGAAGGCAUUACUUGAAACUCAAAAUCUAUUACGAACCCAGGUUUCGAACUUUACCUUCAAUCUUGGAUAUUCCGGAAAAUUCUACCAUACAGGGAUGUUUGCAGAGGAUGAAGGUGAUGAUCUGCUGCUAAAGUACGUGAAUGAAUUUUGGUGGUUUCCCCACAUGUGGAGCCACAUGCAACCUCAUCUCUUCCACAAUGAGUCGGUGUUGGCUGAACAAAUGAUUCUCAACAAGGAGUUUGCAUUGAAACAUGGCAUUCCCAUUGACAUGGGCUAUGCUGUGGCACCGCAUCACUCUGGCGUCUAUCCAGUCCACGUUCAGCUCUAUGAAGCGUGGAAGAAAGUUUGGGGCAUCAAGGUGACCAGUACUGAGGAAUAUCCGCACUUGAAACCUGCACGAUACAGGCACGGCUUCAUUCAUAGUGGCAUCAUGGUACUCCCACGUCAAACGUGUGGCCUUUUCACUCAUACCAUAUUCUACAAAGAGUACCCUGGAGGCCCAAAAGAAUUGGACAAAAGCAUCAGGGGGGGAGAGCUUUUUCUCACUGUGCUUCUUAAUCCAAUCAGCAUAUUCAUGACACACUUAUCCAACUAUGGGAAUGAUCGACUGGGACUCUACACCUUUGUGAACUUGGCCAAUUUUGUUCACUGCUGGACCAACCUGAAACUGCAGACUAUGCCUCCUGUUCAUCUGGCACACAAAUACUUUGAGCUAUUUCCUGAGCAAAAGGAACCACUGUGGCAGAAUCCAUGUGAUGAUAAACGACACAAGGACAUCUGGUCCAAAGAGAAAACCUGUGAUCGUUUACCAAAAUUUCUGGUGGUUGGACCCCAAAAAACAGGCACCACAGCUUUGUACCUCUUCCUAAUUAUGCAUCCAGCCAUCACCAGUAACUUCCCCAACCCAAAGACCUUUGAAGAAGUGCAGUUCUUCAGUGGGAAUGCUUAUCACAAAGGAAUUGACUGGUACAUGAACUUUUUUCCUAUGCCUUCCAAUGUGACCACAGACCUCUUGUUUGAGAAGAGUGCAAACUACUUUCACUCUGAGGAUGCUCCAAAGCGAGCUGCAGCUCUCUUGCCAAAGGUGAAGAUAAUUACUAUUCUCAUCAACCCUUCAGAUCGGGCUUACUCCUGGUACCAGCACCAGCGAGCCCACGAAGAUCCAGCAGCUCUACGCUACAGUUUUUAUGAGGUGAUCACGGCAGGCCGGCGAGCCAUUCCUGAGCUUCGAGCCCUUCAUAAUCGGUGCCUGGUACCUGGUUGGUAUGCAGUUCAUAUCGAGAGGUGGCUAACAUACUACCCUGCAAGUCAGUUACACAUUAUCGAUGGGCACAAGCUGAGAACUGACCCUGCUGCUGUAAUGGAUGAAGUGCAGAAAUUCCUUGGUGUUUCCCACUUCUACAAUUAUUCUCAAGCUCUGACGUUUGACCCACAAAAAGGCUUCUGGUGCCAGUUGCUUGAAGGAGGAAAAACAAAGUGCCUGGGUAAAAGCAAAGGCAGGAAAUAUCCAGCAAUGGAUGUAGAGUCCCGAACUUUCCUCUCACGAUACUACAAAGACCACAACAUUGAACUGUCCAAGCUGUUCUACAAACUGGGUCUGCCAUUGCCAACUUGGCUGAGGGAAGAACUUCAAAAAGUGAUGAGAUAGUUGUUGUUGGAAAACUGGAAGCAAUUUUCCUAUUAUCAGUCUCAACACACUGCAUCCAGUACCCCAGUAGUCCUUCCUCCCAAACUUGGAGUGACUGCCAAAAAUAAGCAACUUUCUACUAUACCUCUACAAACCGAAAAUAUUCUUUAAUCUUUCCAUAUGCUGGCAUGUGGUAUUGCAAAGCUGACAGCACAUGAGGAAAUGUGGGCUAACAGCCUAUGGCUGAAUUACACGUUUUACUGAUAAAGUUUAGUUUGGGCCCCAAACCUGCUCUACCCAACCCUGUCUUAAGAUUGAGUGAGUUAUUGUAAAGACAGAAAAUUGUGACUCAUUUUGUAAAUGAAACCUGUGCAGUGCUGGUUAACUGUCUGGUAUCUGCAGUGAAAAAAAAAAUUGCACUAUGUUACUUUUACUGCCAUGCAUUUAAAUUAAUCUAAAAUCCAUAACUUGGUCAUUAUAAACUUGUGCUUUUGAAACACUGACGUGUCCAAUCAUUUUGGGUUUGGUCGUAAUGAGAGUUUAAAAUGAUUAUUCACAGCAUAGUUUGCUUGCAGAAUAGUGUUCUUCCUCAGAAACUGUUUGACAUACGCUCAUAUAAACAACUGAGAGGGAAGUGCAUCAUUACUGUAUUCAAAUUUCUCAUUUGGGAAUAUUGUUCAUUAACACAGACAUUAAUAAAGAUUACUCCCUCCAAACUGAAACUCCCAUUAAACAUGAGACGAUGCAAAAGAAGGGUAGACAUACAGGCUCCCAUGCCGCUUUAUUCAAUGAAAUCUAUUCCUUCUCAGUCGUAGCAGAAAUAUUGCUAAGCAAGUGAAUACCAAACAUGUAACAACAGGAUAGGAGCUGCUCUGUUAGACAGGUAAUUUUACUGAAUGUCCAGUCUCUCUCUAUCUUACACACACACAAACACACACACACACACACACACACACACACACACACACACACACACACACACACACACACACACACACACACACACACACACACAAUUACCAUCCAUUCCCUUUGCCCCUACCACAUAUCUUUUACAUAAGCGAUGUGAACUUAAACUCACAGGAAAGCAACAUAUUCUGCAUAAGAGAUUUCUGGUUCACACCAGAAGGAUGAAAAUAUACACAAGAAUUUUACUUUGUCCUAAGAUUCUUGCUUGCUAAAGUAGGUAGAUCAGCUAAGAACAAUUGAUGUGAAAUUAAAUUUAUUGGAGGUCAUUUGUGCAUGGUGAAUUGAUUGAGGUCAUGCAUUUCAUUGACCCAAAAUAAGCACUGUAUGAUCCACACAAAUUUCAGAAUCAGCUUUUGUUUUGUGUUGGUAGUACUCUGCCCUUUGGACAAGAGGAAUGUGAGGUCAAACGCCAUUUUGGAAAUCAAGCAUUGAAAGCUCCCAUGGUGCAGUCAGGAAGUCCUCCACUGUCUUUUCAAAUGCAGUAUUAUGUCAAGAUCCCUUCUACACUCUCAGGUGGACUAUAAAGGGCUAAAUGCACUAUUCAAACAUGUACUAGGGCAAUAGCCUUCCUUUCCUGGCCAUUAUUUAUCUUCAAAAUCACUGAAACUAGUCGCCCUGUUUCCUCAGUGUACACUUCAAAAAUGACUGCAAGGUGCUUUGGAGAAGUAAUUAAUAGAUACAAUCCUUUUUCAUUUGUUCCUGAGAUGCCAAUGCACAAGAGAGACAUUGAAGAGGAACAUCAGGUGGUGCAGCUUAUCAGCAAAGGUCAGCAGUAGCAGCUUAGAGGGCAAGUGCAACUAAAAGAAACAACACUGGGAAUAACAGUGCUGAACUGCAGCCACAUGUGCCUCCAGUUCCAAAAGUCAAUCAAAGAGGAAUGCACAUUAAAAUUAACCCUAAAGCAUAAUAUAGUUUAAGCCAAGUGCUGCUGCUCCCCACUGAGGAAAUGUCCUCCGUUAAUCUUUUGUCAUCAUGUGUGUAGGAACAGGAACUCUCACAGUGUCUUCAUGGCAGCAACAGUGUUCUGGCUGUUGGAAGUGGUCCUUAUGAAAACUGGGAAGUUAAAAGAGGAAACGCGAAGAAAUCUUCAGAUGCUGGAAAUUCAAGAAAAAUUUAGUUAAAAGAGGAGCUGGCCACUGUGGUUGCUGUACCCUUGAGCGUAAGUGAAGCAGGAGCAAAGUAAAAUCUACUCCUGUAACUCCUUCUCUGUUACUCUUGUUCAAAUUAUGAUCCAAAGCACUAUUCAGUGAGUGCAGACACAGACUGUGAUGUCACCUGAUUGGUAGCCCUAAGCAAUGUUAAUGAUGAAACAGAUCCUGUGGCAUGUCUUUUUGAAGUUACUCUGUUUCUAGCCUCUUAUAAACAAACACCAAUGGUGAAAGCCACAGGAAUAAUCAACAGCAUUGAAAAUAGAUGUACACUGAACCGUAGGCACUGAAUCGCAAUGUUACAAUGCGCUCUUACGAUGUCAGUUAUGUACAUAAUUGAUGAGUAAGCGAUGUCAAGUUGCAAUACCGUUACAGCUUGUGGCAUAGGAAAAUAACUGCUAAAUUAAUCUCAUUCAGUCUCUAAAAUUAGUUUACAAGAUGCAACGAUUAAUAGCACAGAAGCAAAUAAGAUGAAAUCCUUUUCAAUUCAAAUAAAUACGUGUGGACAGUUACUGGGUAAGAAAUAUAAGCUACAGACAAAAUGUUUCUGAGACAAAAAUUGGCUUGUCAUUGAAAAUAGAAAUCCUAUUUUAUGUUUGUUUACAUUGUCCUCACGUGUUCCACACUAGGUACUGGUGCAAGUUUAUCUUUUUCUCUAAAGCACUCUUUAUUCUGUUAUCGAAAGCAAUUUGGUGACAUUGGCAAAAUGUUAUAAUACAUUUGAUUAGUGAAGGAAUACAAUCAACACUUUGUUUAUGUUGGUUGUCAAGAAUGAUUGCUACAAAAAGUCCUCACCUCUUUUAGCAUUAGGUCAUGUGGCUGGUGUUUUCUUGGUUGCAACAAUGUUUAUAGAGGGAUUCUGAGAGCAGUUAGUCAUAGUUUGGAGAAUCUUUGUUCUCAACUACAGCCAAGAUGAUUUUUUUUACACUGAUAAGAUGGAUUCUAGUGAUUUUGUACACCAAUAAGAUGGGGUCUGGAUUUACCAAAAUCAAAGUUUAAAAUGCCAGGAUUUCUUCUGAAGUUGUUUUCUUGCUCUUUUCAAGUCACCAAUUUUAAGUAUUUGCAAUUAAAUUUUAACAUUGAAAACUGGCCAUAAACUCCCCACAUUUGCAGCUUUUCCAGGUGAAUGUUUAUCUUUUGCUGGUGCCCAGUGAGCACUUGGCAUUAAGUGCUGUCCUGCUCCCAACAAGCUCAUCCCGGUGUAGCAGCAGGUCCUGGAACCAUGGUCGUGCUGUCACAUGACAGUGGAAGAGGAGGGGUGGGGCCGGGGGAUGAUCUUGCCCUGAAACAAGUAAAGGAAACUUAAUCCAGCUGGUUAAGUCUGACUUUUAGUUUAGCCAUUAUAAGAUCUUUCACAAGCUUUCAGUAAUUCUGGAAAUAUCAGCCAUCCGGAUCCACUAAAAUACUCAAAAAAAAUUAAUUGUCAGGAGAGUACUGCUGACUUCCAUGUUCACAUGAGGAUCCAAAGCAUAAUAGCACUGAUAUGGAAUAAUGCCAACAGAUAGAUGUGGAACUGCUGGCAUUUUCCAGCAAGUUCUGGGCCAAUAAAAACUCAUUAAUGGUCAUCUUUGACCAGUUCUCUAAUCCGCAAAGAGAGUUAUAAUCCCUGCGGUGGGCAUGAGUCACUGAUAUGCACCAGCUGUAGUAAAUUUCACCUGUUAAAAAUCCUGAUUAAAAUGGCAUAGAAGUGUUGCUUACAACUUUUCAGCCUUGCAGUGGACAGGGGACUUUGACACCAGAGCAAGGUUAUAAAAAAAUGAUGCUCAUUAAAUCCAGGUUUAGGAAACACAACAGAAUGGAACUACCCUGAGCUGGCAGUGGAGCUUUAUUAAUAUUAUCAUAUUUAUUAUUGCUUAAGAACUGAGCCUUCUAAUUUUUGUCCAUCCAUUCCUUGUUACACUGUUAAUAUAAUUAAUUCAAUUUAAUUUGCCACUUCAUUCACAUUGAAUGAUUAAGAUUUGGAGAAUUUUCUCAGGUUUUGAAUAAUGAUAAUUGCUAGUUUCACAGUGUGGAUCAGUUGAUAAAUAGGGAGCACUAAAGGAACAGUUUCCAUUAGCAGUGAAAAUUCAUUGUAUUUUAUUGAAAAAAUAGAAAUAAUUGUUACUGAUUGAAGGUCUUACUGCAGCUUACUUUUAUAUAGUGCCAUUGGUGUAAAAAUAUUACCAUGUCCUUAACUAAAGCAGUUUUAGGAGACCCUGCAGUCUCAGUGAAGUGCUGGUAGGAAAUACAUGGGGAGUGUAAUUGCUCUAUCUGAACUGCCUUUUUGUGAACAUGCCUUCCUGUUUGGCAUUUGGCUACCAGAAUGAAUCCUAUUGUUCCCAUUUCAUUCUCUCAAUCUGAUCAGAGAGAUAAAUCUUCCACCUGGUUACCAGCUCGACCUCUCUCACAAUUCAGUGUAAAAGUCCAGCUCAUGUGUGCUCUAAAGCUGUUAGCCGCACCUUACGUAAUGUGCUGUUGGACACCCCUCCGAUGUGAACUCUCAUGGGAGUCCAACAGGACAAUGCGUUUUUGUGAAGAUUCUCCAUCUCUGCCAGGAAGGUCUCCCCUCUGGCCUUCUGCCAGGCUUAGCUGGUGUAAGUACAGUAGAUCAUUGAAAUGACUGGGAAGGAAUGGCUGCUAUGAAAAUGGUAAGUGCAGCUUGAGUUUAAUUUGCUUAGUUCAAAUUUAUUUACUUGGUUAUAAGUGUGUGGAUUUUUGGUAUAUAAACUUUUUAAAUUUUAACAAUGUAGAUUUUUAAAGAUAUUUGUCUUUUUAAUUCUUCCUGGAAAUGUUUGCAAAUCUCAAAGGCAAACUAUUCAAUUUCAAUGACAACUUUGAUGGCUGGUAAACCCUGGGCAGGGCCUCACCAGAUGCUGAAGGCUCUCAGGGAAUGUUGCCGACUACUUACAUGCAGGAAGAGGAUCUGUGCUGAGCCACACCAAUCUGGUAUUCCAGGAGGAGAAAGCUAGUGGUUUCACAGUCACUGGAAAAUCUGUGUCCCAUUCCAAAAUGAGAGCCUUAGUAAUGUUACUGAGAGUGAAAUGAUAUAUUUCAGCAUCACAACAUACAUUGGUGAGGACUGAGAACAACCUCAGUGUUCAAUCCUCAUUCAUGAGCUACUCUUUAAAAGCCUCUGUCCUGGAAAUUCAGUGGCAUUGGACUGCCAGUUCUUCCUCUCUCUCAGUGCCUCUAGACUUGAGUCAGUCACAGAUAUCAAGCUUCUUCAAUUCCUCAUCACCACAAUAUGGCUUUUCUAUCCACCCCCCCCCCCCCACCUUCAUGCACUCCUCAGUAAGUGAAGUAAGUAAGGGUAGCUAACCAUUCAGCUCCUCGAGCUUUCUCUGUCAAUCCGUUUGAUCACUUAGUGCUGUCUUUGAAAGUGAGUGCACAUGGAUUGAUAACAGCCAUUCUCAGUCUGGAAAUUCAACCAGAAACAUUUGGUUUGGAUCAUACUUACACAUUCUCUGUGCGUGAAAGGAAAGUCACUCUUUGUGCAAUGCACAUUUUGGGCCAUCUGUCGUAUGCAUAUCCAAUACCUGACUUCUUAGAUACUACAUCCCAUACUCACCUUGUACUAUGAAAACCUCUGCCUCCCUAACUAUCAACUUCACCCUCUUGCCAGUCACUGCACUGCUCCCAACACCUCUGGUCCCAAACGUCUGAUUGUCCAACAUCUUGGUCACUAUUCCCUGAAUUUUAAACAUGUGAAAUUCUGCAGAUUCUGGAAAUCCAAGCCACACAGACAUAAAAUGCUGGAGCAACUCAGCAAGUCGGGAUCAAUGGAAAUGAAUAGAUAGUUGGCAUUUCGGUCCGACAACCUUCUUCAGGACUAAGAAGGAAGGGAGAAGAUCCCUAAAUGUUAAAGUGGAGGCAAUAGUCCACAUUCACUCCCACAAGCUAAAGAUUUGCAGCACUCCUCCACCAACCCAUCACUGUCCCAACCUCCAGAAUAACAUCCCACCCCAAGUCCCAACUUGAGACUUUGAUAGCCAGCUGUCUCUUCCCCUGGCCUCAGUCACAGAUACUGUGGUUUCUCACAGUGGAUCCACAGUGUAUAAAGGAAAACAUGCAAAUCUUGUUUAGUAUCAGUAAUAGGUAGUUGAGCUUGAGCCAUUUCUGCCAUUCAGUUCAAUCAUGUCUAGUCUCCAGAGCUGCAUUUGUUCCAUUUAUCUUGUACCAUUACCUAACAGUGUCUUGUUGAUCUUUGUAAUAAAUAUUUCAUGUAAUCUGCCAUCUACAGCUUCAGCUUUUCUGUGCAAAAAUGUUCUUUGCUUGAAAAUGUGCCUCCCGAUCUCAACCCGAAUUGGGCAAUCGUUUGAUUCAGUUAUGCUUUCCUAUCCUAGAUACUUCUUCUUAUGACCUCAUAUUUUAACAAUUCAGACCAAUUUCAUUAAAAUAAAUUUUUCUUGUGUCUUCUCCAAGAACAACCUUUCUUUCCGAGAACAAAAUACAGCAGCUUUUUGAAUUCUAAAAUAUAACAUACCAAAAAAAUCAAAACCUUUUAAGUUUUCAGUAGACUGUGAGACAAGUACUUGCCUUUUCUAUUUACAUAUUCUUCCUGAUGUCUAGUACUUAAAGGCAGUACCCAAACUUAUGAACGAGGCUUGUACCACUGAGGCAUUUCCACCUCAGCCGUGAAUACUUUUGGACACCGUUAAAAAGAGCAGUUUAUAGAAAAGGAGCUAAAUCAUGAAGUCUGUGAUCCGAGCAUGUGUUUCAGGUCUGAAGACUAUUAGAGGAAAGAAGUUCAGAGAUGGUGAUAUCCACCAUAUUUUGGUCCUGGAGUUAACAAUGCUAAGACAUUCCCCAUAAGGAAUGGCAAUUUAUGGGAUUUCCCAAGAGUUCUCAGGAUAAAGCUUUUGAAUUGUACGCCUUUAAUCUACAUGUUCAUAAUGCAGAGUUUUUAGUUUCAACGGCACAAGGGUUAUCCGGGUAUCUCACAUUUUGUUACUUUUACGAAGUAUUUCUUAUUUUUACUGAAUAAAUUUUAAUCUACUGUUAGCAAAUUGUCUCCUGUGAUACACCUCAGUUUAAAAUGGCUACAGAUAUGAAAAAUCUCAGGACACUGGGUGACAUGAUCUGCACACCGCCAAACAUUGGCCGAAACAGAUGUAUUCAUUUCUAAUAGCACAGUUUACUAGUAUUGGUAUGGCAUUUUGAGAUAAGUAUGAAGCAACCUCCAGGUAUAAAACGUCAGAACUAAAUAUGAGUGGAUAUAAAAUAACUAGAAGUGGAUGAUAACUCCUUCUGGUGUAAAAGAAGGGUUAAAUUAUUUGUCCAUCUAACUCUGAAAGCAGAACAUAGUUGCUGAGUGCAAAUCCAUGAUUUGAAGCUGCAAAUCUUUCUACACAUUCCAAACUUAAUCAUUUUGUGCAAAUAAUGGAACAAUGGACUCAAUUCUGUCUCAAAUUAUUCAUGCAUACAGGUAGAGGUGUCACACUCAUUUUUAUAACAGUUAUUUACAUUUGUUUAUUUUUUCAACCCUUUUGAAUCCAACCUCAUCUGAAUCUGAAGAGAAAAUAAUCCAAAGGAAUUGGUAUUUUGAUUCAUCUUUAAUUGCUUGUAAAUGCCUUAUUCUGUUGCUGUCCAUUAAAACAUUGGACACAAUUAUUAAACAUUACAUUGAACAAAUUGAUUAAUUCCAUCACUUUCAUUCCCUAAGAUUUAUUCCCUAAGUCUACACUUUGCAUUUUGUUUGAUUAGAGUAUUCUAGCUUUGAGCUAUGUCAUCAAUGUUAUCUCAAGGCAGUAGAUAUUCUGGCAUAGUGUCUGAUUUACAGAAAUGUACUGUAUAUAAAAAUGUGUAUUUGCAGUCAUGUCUGUGUGCUGGAGGAGUUGGGAUAAAAUUAAAAUGUACUAUUGAGACCAUCAGUGUAGCACAAAUAGGUGUCUAUGUACAUUAGACUAUCUGGAAGUCAAUUCUGGUAAUCUUGGUUUGUGUACUACAGUUUAAUAACCUGUAUCUAGUUUGAUAAACAGCCUGUGUAAAAUAAAUAAAUCAAUGGUUUAAUUUGA